UGUGAUAUCACUGACGAGUUAUGCACGAACAACUAAAAAAAGCGGCCAAGUGCGAGUCGGACUCGCCCAUGAAGGGUUCCGUACCAUUUAUGACGUAUUAAAAAAAAAACUACUUACUAGAUCUCGUUCAAACCAAUUUUCAGUGGAAGUUUGCAUGGUAAUGCUAAUGUGUAUCAUAUAUUUUUUUAGAUUUUUCAUUCUGUUAUUUAAGAAGUUACAGGGACACACAUUUUUUCCACUUUGGAAGUGUCGCUCGCGCAAACUAUUCAGUUUAGAAAAAAAAUGAUAGAAACCUAAAUAUCAUUUUUGAAGACCUAUCCAUAGAUAGGUACCCCACACGUAUGGGUUUGAUGAAAAAAAAAUUUUUAUUUUUAUUUUAUGACGUAUUCAAAAAAUACUACUUACUAGAUCUCGUUCAAAUCAAUUUUUGGUGGAAGUUUGCAUGGUAAUGUGUAUCAUAUAUUUUUUUUAGAUUUUUUAUUCUGUUAUUUUAGAAAUUACAGGGGUCUCUCGCGUAAACUAUUCAGUUUAGAAAAAAAUUAUAUUAUAAACCUCAAUCAUUUUUGAAGACCUAUCCAUAGAUACCCCACACGUAUGGGUUUGUACAGUAUAAGCUCUUAUAGUUUCGGAAAAAAGUGGCUGUGACAUAAACGGACAGACAGACGGACAUGACGAAUCUAUAAGGGUUCCGUUUUUUGCCAUUUGGCUACGGAACCCUAAAAAGUACCUAUGAAUUGAUUUUAAUUAACUUAACGCCUAUAAUAUCUUCUUAAAUAUUGAUCCUAGAGAAAAAAAGUUCUGAGUGUUUUUUGUAGGAAAUAUUAUGUGCAUAUUGUUUAAGUAUAAGAACGUGUUUUGCGAAAGGCUACCGUUUAAGAGUUAUUUACGAAAAUCUAAAAAGGAACUUAAAAAUUAAUUAUUAUUAACAUUACCGCUUUAGUUCUAUUUAAAUAUUGAUCCUAGCGAAAAGUGUUCUUCAUGUUUCUUAUAGAAAAUUAUAUGGUUAUUAUUUAUGUAUAAGACAUUUCUUUGCUAUAGGUCAUACUUUACAAAUUAUUUACGAAAAACUAAAGACAAUGAACCUUAGAAUUAAUUUUAAUUAACUUUCCCUCUUUAAUAUCUUUUUAACUCACUCACUACCUGCUACUCGGCGAACACAGGCUAUUCGGCGAAUAAUCGACUAGGCACUCGGCGAAUCCCGCAUGGCUAAUCGCGGCUUUUAGUUUUACUGAUUUAAUUUAACUAAGAGAAUUAAAUAUUAGACCUUUUUCACUGUUAAUACAUUCAACGAGGUUUACAGCCGCCACUAUAUAAAAAGAAGAUGUCAUCAGUCCUCCUCACGUUUUUCUUUUAUUUCACUCGUCAAAAUUCAUCCGUCGGAAACAAUAAUCUAAAUUAAGUCAAUGUUGUAAAAACUAAAAAAAAACCGUUUUGAAAAACACCCGAUUGCGAUGGCGAACCAGGACGACGGCCUCUUCCUCCUGGAAGUGUUAAUUGAUAAAAUCAUUUAUUCAAAAAGUCCAUGUUUUUCCGACAAGGCCUUUAGGACUUGUGUCAGCGUUAAGUGUCCCGCGUGUGACCCCCUCGAACUUUGUGACGAUGAUGCCGGUGGCAGUACCGGUCUCAACGACUCUCCAUUCAUGAAGUCAUUUAACAGCGGGAAAUCCUGCCUUUUUUCACUUAAGCAAUCCGAUAUCUCCAGCGCAAUGAGCAAGUUCGAAAUAAAAGUAUCUGUCUUCAAAGAGCUUCCUUGUGGUUGUUUGCCAACGAAAAUAAACCUAGGAGAAGCAACGAUUGACAUGACUAAGGAAUUCGUGCAGGCCCGUAAGAGCUUCUUAGAAGACCCUGACAACGUCAGCUAUCAAGCUUUGAAAGAUUCAUUCCAUAUAAAAGGAUCAGAUGGUGUAGAAACUGGCGAAAUUUUAAUGUUUUUGCGUAUUUCAUGUUUUGGUAAAUUAAUUGUUACCAAAUUCCGAGGUAGUGGAGGCCCUCCUGUGUUAGGCAGUGGAAUGGGAGGUUCUGGAAUUGUAGACCGAUCGUGUAACCCUCCAAGAAAAUCACAGAGCCCCGGCGACCCUUGCGCAUGCGGAGCAGCGCGCGCCGCUGGCGGGGGUGCUGCGGCUGGUAGCUCACGCGGCGGUGCAGGUGGCGUCUGUGACCCAGCUCGCGAUCCCUAUAAUAGCAUGCCGUGCGAAGACCCCGACGAUCCAUGCUACUGCACUGGUGCAAAGCCAGACGCUAAGCAGCAGAUGGCCUGCAGAAAUACACAGCAAUACUGCUUGCAUGUACCAAAAGGUGCACCGCCGGGUACGCUACUUCACCAACAUUCAUCUGAAGAACAAAAGCUGAAAUUCAAAGCACCGAGCUGGCACCAGCAACUUGACUUGAUCAAGCAGUAUAUUAAUCGCCUGCACCAAAAAACCGAAACUUUAGUGCUAAAAGAUAUAUCCCAACACAAUUCGUUCUCUAGCACCUCUAAAACAAGUUCCAUCACACUUUGUCCAAGUUCCAGUGUAUGCACUAUCAGGUCGAAGAGAAACAGCGUCUGUUUUGCAAACAGCAUAAAUUACUUUUGGAAGAAAAAUAACGAAAUAAAUGAUUGCAUAAAGAAUAUACCAGAUACAUUUUAUGUGCCUAAAUAUGGAAGACAGCAAACCACCGUAUAUAUGACGCUGUAUGACCAGUUCUGUCGCCAUCGCACAUCGGGAACACAGGCCACCGCAUCGAUAAACAAGUCGUUCCAAGUUUCCACAGAGCGAUAUAUUCAGUAUCAACCCAGCUUACCUAGCAGUCUUAGUAAGUUAAGCUCUACUUGUUCUAUUAUAACGAAUAUGCCAGACUAUGAUAUUACCAACAAAGACCAUUUAAGGAGAAUGAACUAUUCAGAAAUGUAUUUCUUUAGUAGAAAAAAUAAAAAAGACGGGAAGAGAGUGGAUGACGAUGGGUCAGAAUUAUAUAGAUCGAGCAAGAGCGUGCAAGUGCAAAGUAUGAGACAUUCAACAUCUGCGCAAACGAAUAAGAAACAAGCAGGUUCGUGUUGUGCAACUGCAACAUUAAAGGCUGUGUCUAUUAAAGAACCUGACAAACAAAGAUGUUCCUCCGAGUUUGACACUAAUAACGAUUCUGGUUUGUCGGCGACUAUAUCGCACAUUAAAAUUGCUCCUCGCCAAUCGUGCCCAAUACAUGGUACUAGCCCUUGCCAAGGACCAAAUUGUAUCGCUAUGGGUUUAGGACCGUGCUCCGAUCCUUGUGCUCCAUCAAAUUGUAUUACUCUUAAUUCUGAUAGUGGAGAACAGAAAGUCCCAAUAAAAAUGAGUACUACAAAUAACCCCCGACGUGGAGUGUUUGAAUUAGUAAUUCGCAGAUUGAAUGGAGCCCCGUUGGCUAGAAACGAGUUGUUUUUGGAAUGGACUCCACCGCCCGGUCGGUCUGCUUCAUGUUGUGGACCUUAUCCAUUGAUAUGUUCGGUGCCUGCACCAUGCCGGCCGCCUAAGUGUAAAAUACCUGUUUGCCGCCCACCUAAGCCAAAAUGUUGCAAAAAGCCUUUAAGAUGUAAAUUCCCUUGUGGACCAAAAACUUCCCGCUGUGGACCUUGUAGCUUAUGUGGCAGAGUAUCUUGUCCGGGAUGUCCAGCGAAGCCUUGUUGCAGACCUUGUCCGCCUAAGCCCUGCCGACCUAAGCCCUGCCGACCAAAGCCACGCGUUAAACGUUGUAAACCCUGCAAACCCUGUAAGCCUUGUUGUCCUCCCUUCCCUUUUAAACCCAGUUGCACUAGCUGCACUGUGUGUUGCAGUACUAUUGAACCAUGCUCCAAACCACCAUGCAAGCCCUGUCGACCUUGUAAGCCUUGUAAACGGUGUAAACCUCCAUCUUGCAAACCCUGCAGGCCGUGUUUCCCUUACAGACCUUGUGUCCCUGACUUGGCUUGCCCGACAAGUAAAACUAGUAUAGUUUUUGCAGCCUGUAAAUCUAAGCCUUGUAAGCCGUGUAGCCCAUGCGAUCCGUGUGGCACUCCGUGUAGUCCUUUUCCAGCCUGUUUUUCUUGCUAUCCUUGCAUUACUCCUAAAUCAUGUUUGCCUAGCUUUUCUUCAACUUGUACACUUUUUUGCCCUCCUAGUAAUUCGUGUAUUCGUUUUGAUACUUCUAACACAUGCAUUUCUUCUACGGUUGCUUGCAAGGCUUGUGAUCCUUGCGACCCAUGUAAGCUUAGGAAACCGUGCAAACCAUGCAAACGUUAUAAAUCUUGCAGAAAAUCGAAAUCUUCCAAAUCUUGUAGGCCUUCUAGUCUCUGUCGACGCUGUAAACCUUGCAAACCAUACAGUGCUGGUCCUAGUAACACUUCGUCACCUGAUAUCCCAAUGGACACUUGUAGUCCGUGUAUUCCAAUCGAAUGCUGUAAAGUUUCUGAACCUUGCGAUCCUUGCGUACCUUGCGAUCCUUGUGUACCUUGCGAUCCUUGUGAACCUUGCGGUUCUUGUGAUCCUUGUAAUUCCAAUCCUUGUGAUCCAUGCGAUUCUUCUGAUCCAUGCAAUCCUUGUGAUCCCUGCGAUCCUUGUAAACCAAAAAAGCCAUGUAUAGUUGCUUUCCCUUUUAAACCUUACAAAACUUGUCGCAAGCCGUGUCGAGGAAAAUGUUGCAGGCGUUGUAAGCCUUGUAGCUUAUGCCGACUUUUUAAGUCUUACGUGCCCUGUAAGCCUUGCAAGGCCAUUAAGCCCUGUCAACCAAAUAAGCCUUGCAAGCACCGCAAGGCUUGCAAGCCCAAAAAGUCUUGCAAACCAUGUAAUCCUUGUUCAACUACCGAAUGUUGUGAAGGACAGCAAUGUUCCACUGUUUGCUUGCCUUGCCCGUCCAUCUGCAACUCCGUACUCCAGUGUCCAAUAGUAAGAGGCCGCAAAGGUUGAACUGUUGUAGGUUUAUAAAUAAGCAUUUAAGUACACGAAUUGUUCAACAGCGACCUUUUUUAAGGGUUUUUAUGCUGACAUUCUAUUGCCUAUUGUAUGUAAUCAAAAGAUACAAAGGCUUCCACUUCAUCUAAUAAUCUAAUGUGUACCUUGUGUACUAGGUCACAUGAUUAUUAUCAUUACAUUUUCUUUUAGUUGCUUCUGCUAGUAGUAUAAUCUAGAGUCAAUGUAAGUUUGGCCUACAGUUAAAUAGGAUAUGAAAUCAAGCACUUUUAAAAUAUCGCUUUUUAUAUAUUUUGCUAAGUUUAACUGAAAAAGUAUCUAAAUGAACGACUAAUCUUGAUUAGUCUUGCUUUAAUUUUUACCAUAACUGUAUAAGUAUUAUUCAUGUAACAUUAUACAAUAGUUUAUCAGCUAAUGAAGAUGCGGUUAGAGACUAUCCCAUUGAAAUACCUACUCAAAAACCCAACAGGUAACUUUAAUAGCAACCACUGAAUUAUACAAUACAACAAACUCGAAAUAAACGCAUCUCCCUAUAUCAAA